UUCUCAGUUUUGAGACUGAGUUUGACUAGGUCGCACAUCGAAAAGAGGCAGCUAAAUAAGGAACAUGGACCAAUCCGCUCCACCCCAAAUACCACAGACUAUCAUCCAAGCACCGCCACAAAAUAUUUUGGGCAAUAGACCAUGUGUAGUGACCUGCCCGAGCUGUAAGGCUCAUCAACUAUCUAGGGUCACGUACGAAGUGUGUUCGAAGACUCAUCUAACGUCGUUGUUAGUCUGUGUUUUGUGCGGAUGUUGCGGAUGCUUCCUUAUUCCUUACUUCAUGAAGUCCUUCAAAACCGCGAAUCAUAAAUGCGGAAAGUGCGGUUGCUUCAUCGGAACAUUCACCAGCUAAGAGAAUGAGUCCUUACGACUACCUACAGAUUAAAUAAACAGUUCUAUGCCCAACA